AUGUGUUCGGUCGUAUCAACUGUCCUACGCCAGUCUCACGGCACACAGCCUGCAUCCGCAGUGCGACGCGCUCCCGCAUCCUCCAAAUCGCGUCUCGCGUCCGAGUCACCUCUCACGCGGAAAGGGAGCCAGACCGAAGAGCGACAAGGCACCGCUUCCCUCCACGCCUCUAUGGUCUCCAUGAUCGUGCUCAUCAUAGGCGUUAUAUUUUACGGACGACGUUGCAAUGAGCGCGCGAAGCAAAUUCUAGCGGCCCUCAUUCCCUUGCCAGGCAAGCAAGCCGGGCCCGCCGGCAACGGCAAUAGCAGCGGACGAAACGUUCUCUGGAGCACAGCCCACGAUGUCUUCGGCGAGUACUCGGGACCCCAGUGCCGAACCCCAGGAGCUAGCCACCGGUGCGGACUGCCGGCUCCUGACGUGGCGGGCCCGGAAAACGACACCGCCCGCGGCGACGACAGCUUGCUCCAGCUGUGGGUAGUCUGCGCCGACGCGGACCUACCGCCACAUCCCGCAAACUUUAGACACGUGUUACUGGAGCUUCCGAUCAGCCCAAACUACAAUGUCAACUUCGACUGUGAUCAAGGGUUUCAUAGUAAGUAA